AUGGCGGGCGGCGACAUCCACGCCGCGGCGCUCCAGGGCGACAUCGCCGCGGUCCGCGAGCUGAUCGACAAACGGGACGACCGGAUGGAGGCGGGCGGCUACACUCCGCUCGGGCUCGCGAGCGCGCACACGCUCGCUGCGCUGUAUGGCCGUCCCGCCGCGCUGGGAGCCUUCUUCCGCGCGAACGGCGCGCUCGUCGAGACUCCGAACGCGCUCGGGCGCACGCCGCUGCACAACGCCGUCACUCUCCGCCACCUGAUCACCAUCAAGUACCUGAUCGGCGCGGACCACCCUACCUCCAGAGUAUCGAAUCCAGUGUGGGUUCAGUCCCGUGGGUGGUGCGGGCCCGUCGAGGCGCUCGUCCUGCUGCUGCACGGAAGCGCCUCCCGCCCCUCCCUCGCCGCAUCCAACCUGGCCGGCCGCACCCCACCCGAGGAGGCUGCGGCGGCGGGCGCGUCGAGCGGGGUGGUGGCGGCGAUGCGGGAGGCGAGCAAGGGGGAGGGGUCGGGCGCCUGGCUCAACAGCCAGAACGUCGACACACGCCUCCUCUCCUUCCUCGCCGGCUCCCCGCUCCGCACGCCUCCGAAGCAGCUGCCCGACGGCCCCUGGUUCGGGCAGGUCCGGCCCGCGCUCGUCGUGCAGAGCCUCGUGCCCUACUGCUGGGGCCUUACCCUCGCCUACUCGCUGCCAGCGGGCGCCGCCCUCCUCGUCGGCGCGCCCCCCUACCCUACCUCCAGAGUGGUCGAAUCCGAAGGGCUGCUGCAGGGCUGCCCCGAGCUGCGCCACUUGCUCGGCCUCUCCGACUCCUCCUCCUCGCCGAACGGGGGGAGGCUCGACCUGCGCGCCCCCCUCGGCCUCGUCCUUGCCAUCCUCUUCCUGAUGGCGACGCAGGCGCUCCUCGUGACCCCGCUGCUGCUGCCGCAGAGGCCGCUGCUCUCCCUCGCAUCCUAUGCCGCACAGGCCCUCCUCGUCUACAACUACGUCCACGCCGUCUCGACGCCGCCCGCGAUGCUGCCCGGCGCCAAGCCGGACUACCCUACCUCCAGAGUCUCGAAUCCAGUGUGGGCCCUCCCCCCGAACGCGGGCUUCCCCACCGACUUUUGCGAGCGGUCCGAGCGGAGGAAGGUCGCGCGCGCGCGCUACUCCCCGAUGUGCGCAGGGAUGGUGCACGUGAUGGACCAUGACUGCGUCUGGAAAUAA